AUGAUUAAAAAUCUAUAAGAGGAAAUAGAAAAGUUUAGAAUAACUUAAAUAGAGAUUUAAAUAGAGAAGCAUAAGCAUUCAUUGUCAGAAGAUUCAUUAUUAUAAUGUUAUUUAGUUAUGAUAAAUUCAGAUCUUCAAUAAGCAUUAAAAGAAUAUAUUAUUUAAUUGUUAGAUUAUGCAAAGAAUCUACCUUUACCUUCAAAUAAUGAAUUAGCAGUAGCAUUUUCACAAAGUUUUAUCCCAAUAAAUACUCCGUUUAUUAAGAAAUUUAAGUAAGUAAAAAAGAUAAUAGAAAAGGUGAAUUAUAAUGUUCUCAAUCACUUUAGAAAAAUAUAUGAUGAAAUGAGAAAUAUAUAAUGUAAGAAAAUGGAAUAACAAAUAAAAGAAAAUGAUUUUUCUAAAUGUAUUUGUGCAAUCUAUUAAAAAACAAAAACUCCUAAAUCUAUUCCAAAUGCUAUAAUUUUAGUUUGUUUUAUGUGUCGAUUUUAAUUUCAUAACACUUGUUUAAGAUAUAAAAUAAAAGAUGGACAACCAUCAUUUGUAUGUCCAUAAUGUAUAUUAAUGAAUAUGGAUCCAUUACAUAAAGUAGAAAGCAUGUUAUCUUGUCUAACUUUAGAAACUAGAUCUCAAUCAGAAAAGAGUACAACAAUGAAUUUUGCAUUAAAUACAGUUGAAUUAAAUUAAUCUUUGGAUAUUAGAUGUAUAAGAUUGGAUGGUUAUAGAUAUGAAUAAUCUUGGCCUGAUAUUGGUGAUUUAAUGAUUAAUGGAAUUAAAGUUGUUUAAUUUAAACCAUUGAAAGUUAAUAGUUCUUUAAAAUAUAGAAAAGAUGAUUAUUAUACAGUAAAGAAUCCAAAAUAAGGAUAAUAUCGAAUUGUUUUACGUUCUCAAUCUAGUAAUUUAAAUGAUAGAAAGAAUUUUUAAAUAAAAACAGAUUAAUUAUUUUACUUUGGAGCAUUUAUUAUAUAAGAGAUUAGUUCUACAGAAUUAAUUUAAUAAUAUUAAUUUGAUAAAUCAAAAUGGGUAAAUACUUAAUAGAUGAAAGAUAAUAUUUGUAUGUAUUCUAAUCUUAAUUAAUCAGCAGAUAUUGCAGUUAAUAAGAUUUCAGUAAGUUUAAUAUGUUAAAUUACAACAUUACCAAUCAAAAUUCCAUGCAGAGGAAUUUUAUGUGAACAUAUUUAAUGUUUUUGUUUAGAUAGUUUUUGUAAAUUUAUUGAAUCAUUAACUUAAAAGAAAUGGUCUUGUCCUGUAUGUAAAAGAAUAUGUUUAGAUUUUUAUAUUGAUGGUUAUUAAUAUAGUAUAUUAGAAUUUUUAAAGAAUUAAAAAUCAAAUAAAUAAAGUAAGUAAUGUUUUGAAUAGCAAGUAUCUAAUAUUAAUUUUGAUAGAAAUGGACAUUAUUUAGAUAAUUUUAUAGAUGGAUCUUAAUUAAAAUUUACACCAGGAAGAAAUUAUUUUAAUGAAAUAUAUUCAUAAAAGAAAUUAAUAAAAGAAGAUUAAAUUGUUAAGAUUUGA